AUGGCGGCGCCCAUAAGUGAGGGGUCUCCCACCUUGGAGCCUGGCGCUGCUCCCUACGGCAACUUCCCCAAUUAUUCCCGCUUCCACCCGCCCGAGGGGCGAGUCAGCCUCCUGCCUGGCGGGCUCUUGCGGAGCCUGUUCCCCGCGGCGGCCCGCCCGCUGCUGGGGCUCGAUGUGGGGUGCAACUCGGGGGAGCUAAGUGUGGCUCUGUACAGGCAUCUCCUUGGCCUUCAGGAGAGCGAAGGCAGCCUGGACCAGCCUGCAGCUGGAAAGGAUCUGAACCUUCUGUGCUGUGACAUUGAUCCGGUGUUGAUUGAGAGGGCUCAGCAGUGCAGUCCCUUUCCUGCCUCCAUAUCCUUUGCCAAUCUGGACAUCAUGGACUCCGGUGCCAGGGAGUCAUUCCUGAGCUCUUACCUGGGCCGUUUUGGCCGCUCCACCUUUGACAUUGGUUUUUGCAUGUCUGUGACCAUGUGGAUCCACCUGAAUCAUGGGGAUAGUGGCCUGAUGGAGUUCCUGUCCUUCCUCUCCUCUCUGUGCAAGUACCUGCUGAUCGAACCUCAGCCAUGGAAGUGCUACAGGGCAGCCGCGCGCCGCCUGCGGAAGCUGGGCAGGAAUGACUUUGAUCACUUCCGAUCUCUUGCUAUCAAUGGGGACAUGGCGGAGAGGAUAACCCAGAUCUUAACGAAGGACUGUGCCAUGGAGCUGGUGUGCUGCUUUGGGAGCACCAGCUGGGACAGAAGUCUCUUGCUUUUUAAAUCAAAUGGCUCAAAUCACGAGGCUUCAGAACAGGAGCAGUGA